AUGACGCUCCUCCAAUUCCUCCGCCAGGCGCGCCAGCUACACCUCCAGUUCCUGGCUGGUGCCUUACCUGAGCCCCCCAUCUACGUUCUCGGUAAUCCAUCCGCGGACCUGGACUCGAUCAUCUCCGCCAUUGUGUACUCCUACUGCGCCAACAACCGUCUCCCUCCCACCACCCCGCGACCCCAUAUCCCUCUCCUCAACCUCUCCAAUACCAGAAUUUAUCGAGGCGCUAUGGCUUUCCACCGGCUUCCCCCUCUACGGCCCGAGGAGCAAUUCGAUAACAACUCCAAGUCUGCGGGCAAAUUGCUCGGCGAGCAUUUGGUCACGGUUGCGGACUUUGCGCGGAGUGUGAAGGAGCUCUCUACCACGAAGAAAAUACAGGCUGAUGCGGUCAUGGUCGAUUGGAAUGCCAUGCAGGAACGUGUUGAAGGGAAACCGGGCUAUGGCUCGGUCAGUGGAUUGGAGGAGGUCACCUUCCGCACCGUGGGGUGUAUCGAUCACCACGUCGAUGAGCACUUUGUUCCCGGAUCAGAAGACCUUCCGUCCGACCAGCCAUUGAUCAUCCAGCCUGGUCCCGGGUCAUGCUCAUCGCUGAUCACCAGCGAGCUUCGGAGACGCGGGUUUUGGACCGCCGGCCAGCACGCGUCGUCCGCUUCAGAAAUCGCGCAGGUCGCGAAGCUCGCGUUGGCGCCGAUUCUCAUCGAUACAUCCAACCUCACUGCAGAAGGGAAGGUCAAAGAUGUGGAUAUCGAGUCUGUCAAAUUCCUGCGCGAAUUGGUCUCCGGGGCGACGAGCGAUUUAGAUGUCGAAUGGAAUAUGGAGGCCUUUUACGAGUUGAUCCAGGACGCAAAGAAGAACAGUCUCAAUUUGUUGACCCCGGAAGAGAUUCUGGAUCGUGACUUUAAGGACUGGACUGAGACAACUCAAUCCUCCGGGCAAGCUGUCAAGCUCGGAUUUUGUUCAUCAGUCAAGCCUAUUCGUUGGAUUAUCAACAAAGCGGGUGGUUCUCAACAAUUCCUAGAUAUUGUCUGUCAAUUCGCGCAAAGGGAGGAUAAAGAGCUGGACAUGGUGGUCGUUAUGACCUCUUUUACCUCGGCUGAGGAUCAACAUACUCGAGAGCUGUUCAUUUGUGCGACACAGGAAAGUGGUCUGACAGUUGACAGCAUCAAGAAGUUUAUUAACGAGUCAAGCUCUCUUGGCCUUGUUGAGUGGACGGCCUUGGAUGGAGAGACUGUGGAUUUGGUCGAUGCCGAUAUCCAGGCUACGCUGAAUGGCGCCUCCAAGGUCUGGAGGCACUUGUGGGUGCAGACAAACGCCACCGCAAGCAGAAAACAAGUGGCCCCAAUGCUGCGAGAUGCAGUUGCCAAACUAUAA